ACUAACCCGGAGACAGUCGAGUUUUGUGUUUACGUUGUGGAGUAACACAUGUAUUAACACAUGUAUUAACACUCGGCUUGUAUGUAAUCGUCGGUAACUUAUUUUAAAUCAGCAGCGAGAUGGAUACAUUUCGAAAACUGGUGAAAACCGACUGUGAUGAGAUCCUGAGGCGCUUCAGGAGUACAGAGUCUGUCCGUUUCGAGAUAUUCUCCAAGAUAUGGAGGGAAAUGAAGUUCUCACAGAUUUUCUACGGCACAGUGAGGCAUGAAAAGCGAGAGUUCAGUCGCUUGAUUUUGGACACAGCCUACAGCUUCCUCCUGCCUCCGUUCAGCUUCCAGAUCAGAGUCGGAGGACUUUACCUGCUGUACAGUUUGUAUCGAUGUCAGACCGCCUCUCCCCCAGAAGAGAUUCGUCUGUCGCUGAAGGACUGGGAGGAUGUGAAGAAGUUUGAGAAGGAUGCCGUGGAUGCGAAACAUUUCGACGUCAUUUACAUUCUCCAACAGCUGAUGUUCCUCAAAGCUUUCAUUUUCACUGCCAUGCCCACACUGCUUACCUUCCAUAAGAAGAGGAAGAUGGAGAAGGAUCCAUUGUAUGAGGAGUUCAUGGAGCGAGCGUCUCGUCCACAGGAGCUCAUCAACAUUGAGAGGGUGGAGGAAUUGUCCAACGUUCACAGUCUGUACGAGAAGCUGAAGACGUCUGCCUCUUUGACGUCAGGAGAUGCAGCCUCGUCUCUUAACCUGAUCCAUAAAGAUCUGGUCUCUAAACUACAAACCACUGUGGUGGACUUCUACAAAUGGCAGCAAAAAAAGGUGAAGACCUGCGAAGAGGAUGACAGCGGCGAGGGAACAUCAUCACAACAGGAGUGCUCAAAAAGAGCCAUGCACCUCGCCUUAAUCAAAUCAAAGGCGUACGGGGAAGCAGCAGAGACCUCCAAGUCACGGCGCCAUCGUCAAGUGGAGGUGAAUUUCACGAGCAGCGAGGCUGGACCCUCCGAGCCGUCAGGACACUCCAGAACAAAUAAACCGUCUCUGAAAAGCAGAACGAAAAAGAACGUACACAUCUCCGGUGAUCUGGGGAAAGAAGCCACAUUGAUCAAUCGUCUCACCACAGUGGACUUUACUCCUGAAGAAAUAACAAAGAAGAAAGAAAAAUUAGGACAGAAAAAAAAAAGAAAGAAGUAAACCGAAGUCAAGUGAAGAAGAAAACUCAGGAGUCAACCGAGCUGAAUCUGCUGUUUAAGAGUUUGAAGUUUGUUUUAAAGUGUUGAUGUCUUUUUUGCUUUGUAAUUACAGUUCUUUUAUCUAUAACUUCACUGCAUUGUACAACAUGUGAAUAUUUUAAAUUCUUUUUUUUUUUUUUAACAAGUGGAGUUUUUUAAACAUGCACAAUUUUAAAUGUUAAUAAUGUUGUCACUCUGCUUUUGCUCUUAAAUGUUAAAUAAGCAUAGCCCAUUCUCAUUCAUUGAACAUGAACACAGCCCCUCACCCACAAAGGCAGACAAAUGUUACUGUUUGUCUUUUACAGCUGAAGUAUUGGAGUCUUUGUUCUCCGACUUGCGCACCUUUUGAUAGUGUAGAAUAUAAAAGUUGGAAAUGACUACAAACAUUUUCUUUGCAAAAGUUCUGUUUUAUAAAGCUUUGCUGUUUUAAAUAAAGCUGUUUUAUAAGGAUGCACAUUUCAACAUGCCAAUUUUCUUGUGAAAUAUGUGAUUCAGACUGAAUAAUUUGCAUAUUAAAACUGACUGGAUUUGUCCGGAGA